CGCACAAAGUCCGUUAAGUGGUAACCCUGAAGACAUCGCGCGCAUGACAGGAGAGGCCAAGCUUACUUAGUAAAGGAGUAUCACUGGCGUCGACAGGUUGUAGUUCCUUACGAUGGAGCUGAUGUUAGCAUGUUCCUUUGCGUGUUUAAUAGUGCCUAUCUCAGGCAGUCUUAUGUGUUCACCUCUGGAGCUAUUUGGACCUAUCCAGAUGAAUUUGUCAGUUGUGAAUGUCACAUUUGAAACAGUCGACUCUUUGGGCCUGUUACACUGUGUACGAGAAUGCUAUGUGAAAAGACGGUGCAAGUCCUUUAAUUAUGAAUCACAAACAGAAACAUGCUUUCUAAACUCCAAAACUGAUACCGAGGUUGAAGCGUCUGACAGGGUCAACAUCGCGAACAUUAUGUACAGCAACAUCGCCGACUGGUCCGGGAAGCUGGCGGGUGCUUGUAACAACCACACAUGCCCCUUGGACUCCGUCUGUGUCGACAGGAACGACGUAGCCGCUUGCGAGACCAUCUACUGCAAAAACACGACUUCUCCAGUCAAUGGUGUUGUACAGCUGGGAGGACGUUCCUUCUUCAACCAAGGCGACGAGAUGGAGUUUAGUUGCAGCACUGGGUAUUUGGCGUCCGGGAAGAUUGUCUGUGAGAAGGAGGGGGUAUGGAAUAGCACCGCCCUCUGCACCCUUUUACCACUUCAACCAAGGCGACGAGAUGGAGUUUAG